AGAAAAGAAAAGGAAAUGACGUCAUUUAGCUGCGACAAACAUCGUCUCCACCGUGAAGGCAGCAUGAUGGAAGUUUCUCCUUCUUCAACUGUUUCUUUCAGAGAGUUCGGCUGUGAACAGACCUUAUUGUCCCGUCCUGAUGGAUCAGCGUCCUUUGUUCAGGGGGAUACCAGUGUGAUGGCCGGAGUGUACGGACCUGCUGAGGUCAAAGUCAGCAAGGAGAUCUACGACCGGGCUACCCUGGAGGUGCUGGUUCAUCCUAAAGUGGGACUGCCGGGUGUAAGGGAGCGAUCACAAGAGCAGUGCGUGCGAGAAACCUGCGAGGCGUCUCUGCUUUUAUCUCUUCAUCCUCGCUCCUCGCUCACACUUAUCCUGCAGGUGCUGCACGACGAUGGCUCACUCCUGUCCUGCUUUCUGAAUGCAGCCUGCAUGGCUCUGAUGGAUGCCGGGUUGUCUAUGAGUUGCCUGUUUUGUGGAGUAACCUGUGCAAUUAGUACAGACGGUGAAAUCAUCACAGACCCAACUGCAGCUCAGGAGAAGGAAAGUCGAGCUUUGAUGACUUUCGCCAUCGACAGCAAAGAACACAGAGUAAUGAUGUCAUCGACCAAAGGCUCCUUUUCAGUUCAUGAGCUGCAGCAGUGUAUAGCUGUCAGUCAGAAAGCAUCAGAGAAGAUCUUCCAGUUCUACAGAGACUCAGUGAGACGUCGCUACUCCAAGAACCUUUGAUCCAGCUUUCUUUUAUCCCAAGUUUUUUUAUACAGUGCAUAUAAAAAUUGUGAUGUCAUAAAAUAUUUAGCAACCA